ACAUAAUAGUUAGGUUGGUAUGCCACAAAGACCAUAUCUCCAAAGAAUGUAUGGCUGACUGUACAAGAGUACCAUCACCUCACAUGCAAAACAAAGCGUAUCACGAACCAAACGCCGAGUAGAGCGUUGACAUUGUCACUGAGAUCAAUGUUGCCAUCCUAACCAGGUAUUAACGACCAUACCCAUACCCGAGAUAGGUGAACAGAGAGUAUAUGUAGUGUGCGAAGUUGUUUGCUGGUUCGAUGAACUCGGACUACACUUUAUUCAUUCCACUUGAUUGUGUCAUAUUUAAUUCUGGUUUCGGGUGAAAUUUUAAUUCGUGACAAUGCCAGCAGUUGUGACAGGAACACCUCAGAAGAAAAAUGAGGCAAUGUGGGAUGCUUUAAAAGCUCACAUUUUGAGAGAAAGACAGAAAAAAAAACAAGAACAAGAAGCUGACGCAGAAGUAGAACGACAGAGAAAAGAAAGAGAAAGACAACAGAAACAAGAUGUGAUGACUUUGGGUGAAACUCGAGAGCAAAUCCAGCAAUUGGAGACUCGACUUGCCCAGCUGAAGGAUGAGAAACAUCAACUGUUUUUGCAGUUAAAGAAGGUUCUGAAUGAAGAUGAUAAUCGCCGUAGACAACUUUUUAAAGAAUAGUGAAAUGAUGAGCAUGCACGCAUACCCUGCUGUGGCUUUGAGCCAACAUCCACCUUUGUUUUUACAACAAAAUAUGCCUCUAGCUGGCCGGGCUCCAAUUUUCAAAGUUGCCCCUACUCAUGGAGCCCAACAUUCGUUGCUUCCUCCUGGAGCUUUGAAAAGAUCUAGAAGUCCGUCGCCGCCGCCUCCAAAUUAUCAUCAGGGUUAUGGAUAUAAGCCACAAACUAUUCCAGCCUAUUCUCAACAAAAAGUGGAUGAUGGCCGUAGAGGUCAUGAAUAUGUCAGGGCAGUUCUCUGGAAUAAAAACACACAGUACACCAGUUCCCAACCCUUUUACGCUCCUCAUGGACCAACACAGGUUCCAUCUGCUACAACAGUGAGCUAUACUCCAACAGCAGCUCCAACGGUUUAUACUUAUGCCGCUGCUGCUCCACAAUACGCUCCGCCAGCUGCUGCAGUGCCUCCACCGUACGUAACAGCAAUCCAUCAAUCAAUGGAACAUCCAGUGCAAAAACAAAGUUUCCAGCCUCCUCAAGAUGCAGCGGAAAAGUAUUAUGUAAAUGCAUCGCGCCCCACAACACAUGUACCAAUUCAUGGUGGUGCCAUUCCCAUCCAACAACCUCCACAGGGGGCUAAAACCGGAGGUAUUACUUCAGGGUAUCCCAUUCGUGCGCAACCAGUUUCUGCCCCUCCUCAUGCCACAACAGGAAGCUACCAGCCUUCUGCAUCUACACCUCAUAGUGUGUAUGUUACCCAAGCAGCUACAGGACGUCUUCUCUUCAGUCAAGCUGGGCCCCCUGGCCCCCCAGGACACCCUCCUGCCCACCAGCCUCCCCCCCAGGGGCGCUACUCUGUGUCCGGGAUGACUCGAGAGGUGUGAAAGCAGCUAUACGAUUGUUUUCACUAGUACUAAAGAGCUUGCAAAUGCUUCUGUGUAAUUGUGAGGCACCAUAAUCAUGUUUAUUACCAUCUGAUAGUUAGGCAAAUAGUGUUGCAAAUUGUUAGGUAAGGUUCUCGCAGUUCUUAAUCAUGAAAGGUAUGUUUACAUGGGAAGUAUUAUAUAUUGGAACAGUCCUCAAAACAAGAUUUGAAAAUGUUAUUUUAUAUUUACAUUGAAUUAUGACUUCAGAAAUUCUUACAAAUUAUUUUAUCAAAUAAGCUCAAUAAGAAGCAACAUUCAUUUGUAAAAGAGUUUAUUUUAAUACAGAUUGAUGUUGAACUUGUGAGAUUAUAGAUUUCCAUUAAGAAAUUAUUGAAAUGCUUAUGCUACAAAAUCAUGAAUGCUCUUUCCUCAGUGAGCUCUGUAUUUAAUUUUAUGUGCUGAUGUACGCAGAUGGGCAGCUUUGUUUUAUUUCAUAGUGUAAAAGAGUAAUGUACUGCUGCAAAAGAGUGAGCACAAUGAACAUUUUCUCCUGUGGGAGCUUCAUUAGAACAGGAAACUCUCAGUAGUACUCAAAUAUUUUCGUGGGGUAAAUUUCCAGUUUUAAUUAUUUUACCAGAAAAAAUUUAUUUUAGUAGGCAGAUUUUUAAUGAAUCUCCUAUUUAUCAGUGUUUAUUAAAAUUGACAUUGAAAUUUGGUAACUAGUAUUAUUUUUGUUCAAUAACUUAUUUUACAAAAAUAUUAGAAACUAGCACUUUUUCUAUUAAUUGUUUUCCUUUGAAGUAAUUGCAGCCAAGAGUUUCUAUUUUCUGCAUGGUAAACAUUCUUAUGGACAUAGGAUUCUUUAUUGGUUCCUUUUGUGUCAGUUACUCAACCAAACUGUUGUACAAGAAUCCCCCAAGAUAUGUGUGAAUUACUUACUUUUUAUUUGUUACAUUGAAGUUAUUCCUUCUAGCUACUGACACGACAAAUUAGAAUAAACAGAAAUUCUAGAAAUGCAUUUGUCAAAUCUUCUUUUCAGGUAUUAACAAGAGCUUUCUAUAACAAAUGAAGUCGUCAUUUUUUUGAAAUUAUACGUUAAGGAUAGGUUUCUGUAUGAAAAACAUCUUUGUUUUUUUAUAAGAGAAACUUCAAUUUGAAACUAAUUUUCCCUCAAGAAUAGUGAUGUCAUCAAAACU